AUUGCGUUCACAACGGACAGUGAAUUGACUAAUAUUUUGUUUCUCUUUGGGCAAGUGCAUUGUCCCACCUGCCACUGGCCCCAAAAGCAGCCAUCCACCUUCAAAGCUCGUCCUUCAUUUUCCACCCUGGGGGGUUCUGUUCUGAUACACCACCAAUUCAGCUGCGAUUUCCGACGACAAUGGCGCCUAGGGUUGUAUCCUCUGCCGAGGUAAUCGCCUCCAACGAUGACCUCUUAGCCGAGAUCUUCGUUCGCCUUCCCGUCAGACCCCUUAUCAGGUUCCAGUGCGUCUCCAAGCAAUGGCUCGCUCUCAUCUCCGGCCGCAGCUUCUCCCACCGCCACGCUCGCCGGAACAUCCGUUCCGCCUCCGCCCUCUUCCUCCGCCGCUCCUCCUACGGUCGCAGCCGCUACGGACUCAUGGAACCCGAAUUCGAAUUCGAUUUCGUCUCUUUCGGAGGCGCCUCCGACGCUGACGAUCCCUUAAAAUCUAUCGGUUUUGUGGAAAUACCUUCGGGUCUGACGAUUUUGCAGUCCUGCAAUGGCUUGCUUCUGUGUUCCAGCCGCGGGUGUGUUGACUCCAAUUUCCUCUAUUACAUCUACAACCCCUCUACCAGUAAGUUCUUGGAGCUCCCGGCUCUGGUCGGAGGUGAUAGUCCAACUGUUCUCGCCAUAAAUUUAGCGUUCGAUCCUGCGAAAUCGCCUAACUACCAGGUCGUUUGUGUUCGGAGCACCGAAGUCUCGGUGUAUUGCUAUCAAACGGAGAUUUACUCGUCGGAGACUGGGAAGUGGAGGCUGUCCGGGGCUCCGUUCACAUCGCAGCUGAGAAUGGUGUUUGGGAAGGGGGUUUUCUGGAACGGUUCGAGUAUUUGGGUUGGAUUGGGUAAGGUUUUCUACUACAACCUGGAGCAAGAGCGCUUCGGAACAAUCCCACUCCCUUUCGAACUUGAAGGAACCAGGUUUCAAUACUUCGGUGAGUCCGGAGGGCAUCUGCAUCUCAUUGAAUUAUGCGAGUCACCAAUUGUGCACUUCAAAGUAUUUGAGAUGGAGAAAGACUACUGCGGUUGGCGCGUGAAGUAUCAGAUCGAUCUCCGUCCGAUCAGAAACGCAUUUACGGAGGUUUAUCCGGAAUAUCAUGCACCGUUUUAUAAUGUGGGUUACUUUACAUUCUUUGUGCUGUCGCUGGUUCGCGAGGAAGACGAUGAUGCAGCGUCUCUGGUGCUGCACAUUCCUGGGAAGAUCAUAUUGUUCAACCUGAAGGACAUGAGUUACAAGAGGCUUCAGGAUGUGGAGCCAACCUGCGGAGACAUAAAGGGUUCGUUGCAAUAUGGAUGGUAUGAUGCUUUUCAAUACAUCGAGUCUCUCUCCUGUGUCUGAUCCUCUUCAUAUAUCUGCGACUGUUGCGGGUGUUGAUGAUAAAAUAAUAAUUAGCAUGCUUGUGGUGUGGUGUGGUAGUGAUCGUGCUAUAUUUGGUACUGUACUAGACUCUGUUUGUGUGUUUCUUUAAUUCCUGCUGGAUAAUUUCCCUUUUCCUUGCAACAGUUAUGACCUAUCCAUGUGUGUGGUUUAUAUAUCCUAAGUCAAGUACUUAUUGUGGUUCCUGAACUGUCAUUAAGGAAUUUCAAGUUGUUUCUUGUUGCUUAA